AUGAAAGAAGCACAAAUGGUCAAUGACAGAAACUUAGCCUUGAAAUUGGCUAGAAUGGAACUGGUAUUGGCAGAACUGAAAGAGCGAGGAUCGUCAACAAGCAGAAAGAUAGUGGAAAAUGAGAGAGUAGUACAACUCAAGACGGAUUUCCAGAUGAAACAAAUUACUAUACCCAUUAAGGGCAAUUACAAAAAGGGAGAACCGCCUGUCAAGAGGUUGUCUGAUGCAGAAUUUAGAACCAGGUUGGAUCGAGGACUUUGUUUUCGGUGUAAUGACAACUACUCUCCAGGCCAUCGUUGCAAAACCAAGGAAAAAAGAGAAUUGAUGUUCUUUAUUUUAAAUGAAGAAGAAGAGGCUGAGGAAGAGCAUAGCAAGGACGAAAAAGAAAAGAGAACUGUGGAGCUAAAGAACUUGGAAAUCACAGAGGGCACUGAAAUCGAACUAAAGACCAUGACAGGUCUGACCUCAAAGGGUACCAUGAAACUCAAAGGCUGGGUGGGAGAUAAGAAAAUUGUUGUGUUGAUUGAUAGUGAGGCGACCUACAACUUCAUCCACCAGUCCUUAGCGGAAGAAUUGAAAAUGAGGCUGGAACAAGAUACCCAUUUUAGGGUUACUAUUGGGGACGGAACUCGAUGUAAAGGAAAAGGAACCUGCCGAAGGGUAGAAUUGAAGCUAAAGGAGAUCACUAUCAUAGCGGAUUUUUUGGCAGUUGAGCUGGGGACGGUAGAUGCGAUGCUAGGAAUGCAAUGGUUGGAUAUAACAGGAACCAUGAGGAUUCAUUGGCCUUCCCUGACGAUGACUUUUUGGAAUGAGGGCAGACAGAUUGUUCUUAAGGGAGAUCCUUCCCUCAUUAAGGCUGAGUGUUCGUUGAAAACUAUAGAGAAAACGUGGGAAGAUGACGACCGGGGAUUUUUGUUGGAAUGGACAAACUUUGAAAUGACAGCAGAUGACGGUUAUGAGAAAAACCAGGAAAUGAGAGGUGACGAAGCAGACAUACCUAUGAUCAGAUUUUUAUUACAUCAAUAUGCCGAUAUCUUUGAGACACCCAAGGGCCUACCUCCCAAAAGAGAAAUCGAUUAUCGUAUCUUGACAUUGCCCGAACAACGACCAAUUAACGCGAGACCAUAUAAGUAUGGACAUGUACAGAAAGAAGAGAUCGAAAAACUAGUAGCUGAAAUGCUCCAAACUGGGGUCAUUCGGCCUAGUCGCAGUCCCUAUUCAAGCCCUGUUUUAUUGGUGAAAAAGAAAGAUGGAGGAUGGCGAUUUUGUGUGGACUACCGAAAGUUGAAUCAAGCCACAAUCUCCGACAAAUUUCCCAUUCCAGUGAUUGAAGAAUUAUUAGAUGAACUACAUGGAGCUUCCGUGUUCUCGAAGCUGGACCUCAAAUCGGGGUAUCAUCAAAUCAGAAUGAAGGAGGAGGACAUUGAAAAAACGGCUUUUCGCACUCAUGAAGGCCACUAUGAGUUUCUUAUAAUGUCGUUUGGGCUGACUAACGCCCCAACAACCUUCCAAUCCUUGAUGAACCAGGUUUUUAAACCUUCUCUGAGACGUUUUGUAUUAGUAUUUUUUGACGACAUUUUAGUCUACAACAGUGAUAUAUGUGAGCAUGAGAAACACCUAGGGAUGGUCUUUGCGGUUCUAAGGGAUAACCAACUCUACGCAAAUAAGAAGAAAUGUGUUUUUGCACUCUCAGAUUCAGUACUUGGGACACCAGAUAUCAAAGGAGGGGGUCAAAGUUGAUGAAGAAAAGAUUAGAAGCAUGGUCAGUUGGCCGCAUCCAUCAAAUGUGUCGGGAUUAAGAGGUUUCUUGGGGUUGACCGGAUAUUACAAAAGAUUUGUUCAAGGUUAUGGCAAAAUUGCUGCGCCCCUCACUAAACUUUUACAGAAGAAUGCUUUUAAAUGGGACGAUGACGCUGACAUAGCAUUUGAAAAACUGAAGAUAGCAAUGACCACUAUACCGUGUUAGCUUUGCCUGAUUGGAAUCUGCCUUUCACAAUAGAAACGGAUGCAUCAGGAAGUGGAUUGGGAGCUGUGUUAUCCCAAGAUGGGCAUCCCAUAGCUUUUUUCAGUCAGAAAUUAUCACAGAGAGCUCAAGCUAAAUCUAUAUACGAAAGGGAAUUGAUGGCUGUCGUGCUAUCGGUACAGAAAUGGGCUCACUACUUAUUGGGAAGAAAAUUUACAAUCAUCUCUGAUCAGAAAGCUCUGAAAUUUCUGUUAGAGCAAAGAGAAGUACAACCACAAUUUCAGAAAUGGUUGACCAAGCUUCUCGGGUACGAUUUUGAAAUUUUAUAUCAACCGGGUUUGUUAAAUAAUGUUGCAGACGCUCUCUCACGAGUAGAAACAACAGCAGAGCUCAAUGCGAUUACAACAACUAGAAUUGUGGACAUAGACACAGUGAGUAAAGAAGUGGAAAAAGAUGAAGAACUCUAGUAAAUUAUCGAGAAGCUAAAGAAGGAACCGGAGGAAGGGGGUAAAUUCGAGUGGAAGAAUGGCAGACUGUUGUACAAAGAAAGAUUGGUGUUGCCACGAACUUCAUCCCUCAUUCCUUGAUUGUUACACACCUUCCAUGAUUCUGUUUUGGGAGGUCACUCAAGGUUCUUACGAACAUACAAGAGAAUGAGUGGGGAAUUCCAUUGGAAGGGUAUGAAGAGUGAUGUUAAAAAACACGUAAAGCAAUGCGAGAUAUGCCAGAGAAAUAAGUAUGAAGCCACUAAGCCAGCCGGGGUUCUACAACCUCAUUCCAGACAAAAUACUAGAAGAUUGGACCAUGGAUUUCAUCGUGGGGCUGCCUAAGGCAGGGGGAGUUAAUGUAAUCAUGGUGGUGGUCAAUCGUUUAACUAAAUAUGCCUACUUCAUCACUCUCAAACAUCCUUUUGCUGCGAAAAAAGUGGCAGCAACUUUCAUUGAUAAGGUGGUAAGGAGGCAUGACAUUCCUAAAUCCAUCAUUUCAGAUAGGGAUAAGAUCUUCCUUAGCAAUUUCUAGAAAGAACAUUUUGCAACCAUGGGAACCAUUUUGAAAAGAAGCAUUUCAUCCACAGACUGAUGGACAAACCGAAAGAGUAAACCAAUGCCUGGAAACUUAUUUGAGAUGUUUUUGUAAUGAACAGCCGCACAAAUGGGACCAGUUUGUUCCAUGGGCAGAGUUGUGGUAUAACACUACAUUCCAUGCAUCUACCAAAACCACUCCGUUUGAAGCUGUCUAUGGCCGCACACCACCUCCCCUGCUAUCUUAUGGAGACCGCAAAACUCUUAACAAUGAGGUAGAAUCGAUGUUGAAAGCACGCGACAUAGCCAUUAAUGCUUUAAAGGAAAACUUAUAUGUAGCUCAAAAUCGGAUGAAGAAAACGGCCGACCUUAAAAGAAGAGAACUCAAGUUGAGGGUGGGAGAAGUGUACCUUAAACUGAGGCCCUAUCGACAAUGCUCACUGGCUAGAAAAAGAUCUGAAAAGUUGGCACCAAGGUUCUAUGGACCGUACAAGAUAAUUGAGGAAAUAGGGGCAGUAGCUUAUAGAUUGGAACUUCCACCUGAAGCGGCCAUCCACAAUGUCUUUCAUAUAUCUCAAUUGAAACCAAAAUUGGGUAACCAGCAGGUAGUUCAACGCCGACACCCUAUGUUAACUGAAGACUUUGAGUUACAAUUAUGGCCGAAAACGGUCCUAGGCAUUUGUUGGAGCAAGGAACUAGGAGCAAAUGAAUGGUUGAUCAAAUGGCAAGGACUAUAGGAAAGUGAAAGCUACCUGGGAAUCCGUUUAUCAAAUGAACCAGCAGUUCCUUUCGUUUCACCUUGAGGACAAGGUAAAUGUGGAACCGAGGGGUAUUGUGAGGCCUCCCAUAUUACAUACAUAUAAAAGAAGGGGUAGAAUGGUAAACAAACAUAACAACAAUGAUGAGGAAAUGAAAAAUGAGUGAUCGUGCACUGUGGGACCCACGGGAGAGAAUGUUGAAAGGCCUAUAUAUAGCAUCUUAUUGGGAAUGGGACGGGUAGAUUAUUUUUGGGUAAUUCUUAAGUAGGGCGGCUGUUGUAGCCGUAGGCAUACCCUAGCUAUAGGGUGCAAGGGUGGUAUGUUUUUAAUUGCUUUGUUGCUUUGAUAUUGUUCUUUUUCUUCUUGUUAAGUCUAUGAAUAUAUCCUUUUGGCAUUAUAAAUAUAAGUACAGAGUGCUACCUCUGUUUUUGUCAUUAGAGUUGGGUAAAAUAGUUCUUACUUGUUAGUAACCUAACAGAUAGAUUGUCUACAAACCACGAGUAAGCUUCUUUUUCUGGCUUAGUAAUUCAUCAGCUGAUUCAUUCAUAUAGGGUAUUUGUAUAAUCCGUUUUUAUGCCAAUAACAAACGGAGUUUGAAAUUUCACUUUGUGGAAGUAAACUUUAUACGGGUAUGGGAUUUCGUGUUGCUGCAGAAGCAUUUGAAGCUCAUCUGCUCAGGAAUUUGGAAGUUCUGCCACAUCAAUUAUAAAAAAUGAAAAUCUUGUAAUUCGAUUUUGAGGGUGGUACUGGCAAUGGGAUAAAGUGGCUCCAGUAUUGCUGGGAAUGGCAACAUUUGAAAUGAAUUUACCUUUGAAUCCUAAUGAUUUGAUUCCCGUGGAACAAGAUGACUCAACUAGGUCUGAAAACGAGGAAGCUGAGAAUAUCUCCACUCCAUCUGGAAAUAGUGGAAACAGUGGUCUACUCCAUUCCAGAGGGUGAAGAAAAUUCAGCUCAAUGGCGAUGACACAUCUAACGUGGAGGUGUUUCUUGACACAAUCUGAGUUCCAUAGUCCAACCCUAACGUCCCAACAUGAUAUUGAUACUCCUCGCAAACGAAUUUCGAGGACAUAUAUUCCUACUACUGAGCAGAUAGCAUCUUUGAGAUUAAAAGAAGAUCAAAAUAUGAUCAAAUUCAUCUUUCCUACGAAGGUUCUUGGAGUGCAAAAGGUUGAUGCUCAUAUUUACUUGUGGAAGUGGAAUGCACAGAUUGUAAUUUCAGAUGUCGAUGGGACGAUGACCUAGUCUGAUGUCUUAGGCCAAUUCAUGCCAUUGAUUGGAAUGGAUUGGACACAAUCUGGGGUCGCUAAACUUUUCUCGGCUAUUAAGGAUGGAGAAGAUUUACCUGAUGGCCCGGUCGUCAUUUCUCCAGAUGGACUAUUUCCUUCGUUGUAUCGUGAAGAUAAAAUAUUUCUCAUUACUGCAAGCGGUCAUGUCUCCAGAUGGACUAUUUCCUACAUGUUGUUUCGAACAUAGAAUAACAUUUACAUUCUUGGUUUGACAUUGGAACGUAGACGUAGCCACACAGGGAUACCCCCACACCUAAUAAUCAUUAUCAUUCUUGAUGUUUCUACCUUGACAUUUUUUUGUUAGUUUAAUAAUAAUUAUCAUUCGGCUUUCUGUCAAUAUUUCUGUUGCACUUACUUUGUUUCUUUUUUGAUGAUGAACAGUUAUUAGAAGAACCCCUCAUGAAUUUAAGAUUGCCUGUCUAGAGUUAAAUGAAAAGGAUGAAAAAUGUUGCAACUUUGAAUUUACGUUCAAACAGUUUUUUGUAUACUAGUUCUUAAACUCCCAUUUUUCUGCAGGAGAUUAGAAGACUUUUCCCUUCUGAUCAUAACCCAUUCUACACUGGCUUCGGUAACCAAGACACUGACGAGCUAAGUUACUUGAAGAUGGGGAUCCCCAAAGGAAAAAUAUUUAUUAUCAAUCCUAAGGAGAGGUGAUGAACACCCAUAGCAACAACCCGAAAUCAUACAAGUCCUUGCUUACACUUGUCAAUGAUUUUUUUCCACCAGCGUCAUCUUUCGAACAGGAAGAUUUCAAUGAGUGAAACUAUUGGAAAAUGCCUUUACCUGAGGUUGCUUAGCAGCACCAGCUACGCUAGUUAGGCAAAUUUGAGAUAACAAAUUUCUUUUCACCAUUAGGUAGGGAUUUUCGUACAGACGGUCUGUUCUGGGAGGCACAAAUGGAAUCUCGACCAACUUUUGAAAAUCAAAGUCUUUUUACAUUUAGAUCACGUCUCCAUUCUGCUCUAUUCACUUUUAAUCAUCUUCUUUCUUCCAUCUUUUCCUCAUUAAGAACUUGGCCUCUUCACCUUGAAGGACCCCACUAUGUUGGUGUUGGAGAUUUAGGCAUCACCAUGAAGCACCAAAGUCUAUUGCAACUGUGGGCCAAGUGGAUAGAAAGUGCACACACAUGCUGUUUGUGGGCCUUUGUCGAUGGUCUCCGCGAAAAUGUUGGACAAGAAGAUGAAGAUCAGCGAAACAAGAUGAGAUUCAAGUGUGAGAUGGAGAUUGAAAGCUAGAUGAAGAACAAGUGAGAGUAUUUUGAGUUUACUGACAGCUAGAUAUUAUAGAAUUAGGCAUGUUGUUCGGUGAAAGAUUAGGCCAUGUGCAUUUUAGGGGAUAUUUUGGCCCGGGUUUGGAAUUAAGGGGGUCUAAACCCAUGUUUGGACCAUGGGAAUAAAAUUCCUGAGAUUAAGAAAUUAAACCCAUAGGUUUGGAAUAUGUUCUUUUUUUUUUAAUUGAAUGUCAUAUGUGUUUUAGAAAAUUCA